AUGGUCGUCUUGUCGAAUCCCUCCCUGGAUCAAAUACCGCUCAUUCGGCCUCCCAAGGCCGCCGCCGCGUCCGUCUCGGUCGUCCCCGUCGUCGACCUCUCCGAGCCCGACAAUGCGGCGGCGCAGCUCGUCGUCAGGGCGUGUCAAGACUUCGGGCUAUUCAAGGUCACCAACCACGGCAUUUCUAUGGAGCUCGUGCGGAGGCUCGAAGCAGAGGCUGUGAGUUUCUUCUCCCUGCCUCCCUUGGAAAAGCAGAGGUCAUGCUCUCCCGAUUCUUUUGGUGGCUACGGGAAUAAAACCAUCGGCGCUAAUGGCGACGUCGGCUGUCUCGAAUACCUCCUCUUCGCCGUCACUCCGAACCAACGCCCAUUUAGCUCUACGUUGAGGGAGUACUUAUCGGCUAUCAGGAAGCUUGCUGCUUUGGUGCUGGAACUCAUGGCCGAAGGGCUAGCGAUCGAGCCGAGAGACGCCCUCAGUAAGCUAGCGACGGGAGAGCAGAGUGACGGGAUCUUCAGACUGAACCAUUACCCUCCCUGCCCGCUGCAACUCCUCCACGGCUUUAGCCUGACUGGCUUCGGAGAGCACACUGACCCGCAGGUCAUAUCUGUUCUGCGUUCAAACAACACCUCUGGCUUGCAGAUUUCACUCAAGGACGGGAGCUGGAUUCCAGUCGCUCCUGACGAGGAAUCCUUCUUCAUCAACGUCGGCGAUGCCCUACAGGUUCUGACAAAUGGGAGAUUCCGGAGCGUGAAGCAUAGGGUGGUAGCCAAUGGGGUGGACACGAGGGUGUCCAUGAUCUAUUUCUUUGGGCCAGCGCUGGGGGAGAGGAUUGCACCAUUGCCACAAGUGAUGGGGGAGGAGGAGCAGAGCCGCUACAGGGAGUUCACAUGGGAGGAGUACAAGAAGGCUGCCUACAGAUCAAGGCUGAGUGACAACAGGCUUGGGCUGUUUGAGAAGGAGACUAGCGAUCAGACUCAGAGGUCACUGUCUCAUAACUUGCAUGUGUGA